AUGACGGUUCUACUAACUGGAGGACGUGGCAAGACGGCCAGCCACAUUGCUGCUCUCCUCGAUGCGGCUAACUUGCCUUUCAUCAUAGCGUCUCGCUCCUGCAGUCCUGACUCGAAGUAUCGACAAUUGCGCUUCGAUUGGCUAGAUAAUACAACCUAUGACAAUGUCCUAUCUCCCAAAGAUGGGAUGCAGCCAAUUUCAGCUGUUUGGCUAGUUCCUCCUCCGAUAGCCGACUUGGCUCCGCCUGUCAACGACUUCAUCGAUCAUGCCCGCCUCAAAGAUGUCAAGAGAUUCGUGCUGCUAAGCGCAAGCAUGUUAGAACGAGGCGCUCCUGCUAUGGGACAGAUUCAUGAGCACCUGGCUUCCAUGGAGGGAAUCAGUUACACCGUAUUAAGGCCAACAUGGUUCAUGGAAAAUUUCUCCUCUCCACAUGAAUUCCAGUGCAAGGCAAUUAGGAAGGAAGACAAGAUAUACUCGGCAGCGGAAAAUGGCAAAGUCCCAUUCAUCUCGGUGGUCGACAUUGCCCGAGUCGCAUUUCGUGCACUGAAGGGAGAUCUGGAAGAAUAUACUGACCCUAUUCUUCUCGGACCUGAGCUGCUCACUUACGAUGAUGUACUAACAAACGAGUCGAGGUCGCCGAGACUCUUUCGAAGCUGCUGA